UCUUCCAUCCUGUGGAAUGUUCUUACUGCCGGUGUGAGAGCAUGAUGGGCUUCCGAUACCGAUGCCAGCAGUGCCACAACUAUCAGCUCUGUCAAAAUUGUUUCUGGCGUGGCCAUGCAAAUGGCCCUCACAGCAACCAGCAUCAAAUGAAAGAGCAUUCCUCUUGGAAAUCGCCUGCCAAGAAGCUGAGCCAUGCCAUUAGUAAAUCUCUUGGUUGUGUACCCACUAGAGAUCCUCCUCACCCUGUAUAUCCGGAACAGCCAGAGAAGCCCCUUGACCUUGCCCAUAUAGUCCCUUCUCGGCCUCUCGUUAACAUGAAUGAUGCCAUGGUUACCCAUGUGUCCUCCGGAGCCCCCACGCCAACAAAAAGGUUGCAGCAAAGCCUCGCCCCCUCCGAUGGGCUAAGUGAUGAGCAUGUGCUGAUAGCAGCCUAUGUGAGCCAGCUACAAAGCAGCACACGAGAAAUACUGCAAGAAAUUCAACGCCUCAGACUGGAGCACGAACAGGCUUCCCAGCCAACACCUGAAAAAGCUCAGCAGAAUCCAACUUUACUGGCCGAAUUAAGGCUAUUGCGGCAAAGGAAAGAUGAAUUGGAACAACGAAUGUCUGCUCUUCAGGAAAGCCGAAGGGAACUGAUGGUACAACUGGAAGGACUCAUGAAGCUGCUCAAGGAAGAAGAACAAAAACAGGCAGCUCAGGCAGCUGGUUCUCCACAUACUUCCCCCACCCAUGGGGCUGGCCGCUCUAUGCCAAUGCCAGUCAGGUCCACAUCUGCUGGUUCUACCCCAACUCAUGUACCCCAAGAUUCACUUACUGGUGUUGGUGGAGACGUCCAGGAAGCAUUUGCACAAGGAACUCGGCGGAACCUCCGUAAUGAUUUGCUGGUAGCAGCUGAUUCAAUUACCAAUACAAUGUCAUAUUUGGUGAAGGAGCUUCAUUCAGGGGGAGAGGAAGGAGGUGAGGAGGAGGAAGAGGAGGACAAGAUGCAGAAUGGGAAGGACCGAGGUUAAAUAAAAAAAAUCUGGACCAGCCAGAGGUUUAAGUAACAAGGUGUGAGCUCCUAUUCUAAAGAUGUCUCCACAUCCUUCAGAAGAGGCAUGAUCCAACUGACACAUCCACAAUUGUGAAGCUGUGACUAACACAACAAUUGCAGGGGAGCAGUCUUCUUCCAACAGACACAAUGGCUUUUUCUGGGGGGGGAGGGCAGGGCAGGGGGCAUCUCCUUAAAUUUGCAUGUCCUAUUUCUGUAGGUGUUCAGUGCUAACUGGACAGAGCCUCAUCUCUGUUUCAAUGAGAAAGCUUUUUGAAUAAUGGCUUCUGAAAAUGCAAGCCGCCUUCCUGUGAAUUCUCUAUCUGGGCUUCAUUGUUCACACCUUAUCAUGCUCUGGCAGUUAACAUUUGUGAUCUUCAAGUCCCUCAUGAGCAGACUUGCAACCAGCUGAAUUUCUUCACCAAGUAACGGAGAGGAAUGCUGGCUGUGGAUUCUGAUGUGGCGGCCGCCCCUCUUGCCUUUUCAGAAUGCGGGUCUUGUCUGUGAAUGGCAGGUUGCUUGGGUUGUUUGUGAAUGCAUGUCACACAACAGUGCCAGUGAGACAGAUGGUGGUGCUGCCAGGAGGCAACUGACUUGGGUACCAUUAAAGAUAGUUUAGUGGUAAACAGAUAGGUCUGACCCACAAGGUUGGUCCAGCUGGAGAUUUCUCUCUGUCAGCCCUAUCAAAAUCAAUGAGAGCAUCACUAGAGCAUUAUCACUACCAUGCCCUGUGCAGCUGGCUUGUUUCAGUCAGGAUGGUAUAGCGUUUUUGACUUGGUAGAUUGUGCCCUUGGUUUCAUUUUGUGAAAUGGGCAUUAAUGAGGAUUUUCACUGUGAGCAGUCUAGUGGAUCUUAUACCAGUCCUGAUGUCAGGAGAAGGAUGGGGGAGAGGUCCCGCAUCUGGCAGCUACCUAUAGAAAUUCUCAGAACAGGUGGCUAUGUGGUUGUUGCCUUAUAUGAUGGCUUAGUGCAGGGGUGUCAAACUCAAUUUCAUUGAGGUCUGCAU